GGCCAACGGCGAGUCUAAUAGUUCGAAGGAACGACGGAAAUCUAAUGACCACAAACAUGGAAGGAAACCAGAUCUCCGGGUUCUUUUUAAUAAGGAAUAUGAAAUUGCAUUUGGAGAAAUAAAACCUCCGAGCGCUUCGAAUAGUAUAGUAAAUCAAACGUUAAUCAAACUUGCAGAAUUUAUGAAGGGAUCGUUGGAUUCUCUUCAUAAGCAAUUUGGAUAUUCUCCAACUUUUGAAACAUUUGGGAUUAUUAUUGGUGGGAGUUGUAUUAGGUUAUUUAGUAUGGAUAUAGCCUUUGAUGGCUUAUAUCGCUUUAAGCAAAUUGGAAAAGUGUUGUUGCCCACAGAAGUUGCUAAUUUUUUGACCAUAGUUCCGGUUAUUGCAAAUCUAUAUAGUUUACUGAAAUGCAUUGAUCAUUCCAUUGAUGAAUUGAAUAGACCGUCUACUCCCACUGGUCAGUCAUACCACAGAGAAUCGAACUCAUCUCCCCACAAAGUUCAUGUCCCCGUUUUAAAAAUUCCGCCUCCUGCACUUUCUGAUUAG